CAUGUUAAAAUAUCUAAUGACUAACUGUACUUAGUAAAGUAGUGGUUCAAUUAUUGUCGUGCAACCAAAACAGGUAUGAAUAGUAUUGUGAACCCGAGAGCACGUGAUACGAUAUAUGGACCGCCGGGAAUCGGAACAUGAACAAUUCCUUGCGCCAUUUACCUCGGUCAGUCUGGGGAUUGCAUCGUCAUUGUCCCACUUUCAAUUGAGUUUAUCGACUUAUCAUAGUCUCUGGACAAUCAAUAUCUUGCCUACCAAAAGUCAGCCUCCAUGAAGCCCAUCUACUCGCUUCUGUUGGGUACUGCCCUCACGGCAGCUUCUCCGCACCCCGCAUUUCCGCAGUCACCUCUUGGUGUAUCGACAGCAUCACAACCAUCAACAGGGAAGUUCAAUUCCCCUGAGGAAGUCGUCAAUGCAUCACCCUUCCUAUCUUUCCACCGAGACAUUGUGCAGAUUGAAUCUAUCUCGAGCAACGAGAACAAGGUCGGAACAUUCAUCGCCGAUUUCCUUCGCGCCCGCAACUUCACCGUCAUCAAGCAAUUGGUGACGUCUUCUUCCCAAACGGACAGCCAAGAGCGCUUCAACGUCUUCGCUUACCCAGCCUCUAGUACUCCAGAAAUCCUAAUCACCAGUCACAUUGACACCGUCCCGCCGUUCAUCCCAUACUCCUUGGACGUCGAUUCAGCAACGGAGAAUGAUCGGUCCACAAUCCGCAUCGCGGGCCGCGGCUCCGUCGACGCCAAAGGCAGUGUCGCAGCCCAAAUCUUCGCUGCUCUCGACAUCCUCGAGGAAAACCCUAAGGCACCCCUGAGUCUCCUCUUCGUCGUCGGCGAGGAAACAGGAGGGGACGGCAUGAGAGCCUUCUCCAACUCCUCACUCAAUCCAGCUCCCUCCGCAUUCCACACCGUCAUUUUCGGUGAACCCACCGGCCUCGCUCUCGUCUCCGGCCACAAGGGCAUGCUCGGCUUUGAAGUCAUCGCGAAGGGCCACGCUGCCCAUUCCGGAUACCCCUGGCUUGGUCGCAGUGCUAUUUCCGCCAUCCUCCCCGCCCUCUCCCUCGUCGACCAACUGGGAAACAUCCCCGCCGACAAAGGCGGUCUUCCCUCUAGCCCGAAAUACGGCAACACAACCGUCAACAUCGGCAGAUUUGAUGCCGGUGUUGCGGCCAACGUUGUCCCCGCAACUGCUCGCGCUGACGUUGCCGUGCGCCUUGCCGUGGGUACGCCCGACGAGGCACGGGACAUCAUCCGACAUGCCGUACGUGAUGCCACCGAUGCCAACCCCGACGUCUAUGCGGAAUUCAGCACCCGCUCCGAGGGCUAUCCUCCUCAGGACCUGGAUACCGAUGUCGAUGGCUUCCCCAUCACGACGGUGAACUACGGCACCGAUGUGCCGAACCUGCAGAUCCAUGAGCGUGAGGACGGCCCCGUUCGUCGCUAUCUGUAUGGUCCAGGAAGUAUCCAUGUUGCUCAUGGUGAUAAUGAAGCUGUGACUGUUGGGGAGCUGGAAGAAGCUGUUCGCGGAUAUCGGAAAUUGAUCGAUGCCGCUUUAUGGCGUCAGCGGGCUUGAUAUCUACUUGUGUAUUAUGUGUAUGUUCUGCAUCUCAUGGGAUAGAAGCAAGCCUAGGAUUGAAGCGCUUGUGCGCUCUAGUUGAUAUAAACUUUUGAGCGUGACUGUCUUACAAAACUCGUAGAUGACAGACGAUUUAUCAUAUGAACGAUCUUCUACUAUCGGCAGA